AUGGGUGAUUCGACAGAGGCAUCCGAGUCGCGUGACAUCGCGCUGCGGUGGCACUCUAUGCUCCACCUCGCCUUGUUCAGGACCGAGUCGUCGGCGCGAAGCGGUGCUCGGGUCCGCUGGUUCCUCGCCGAACGCGAGAAGGCGCCGGCGCGCGCCGGGCGGAAGCCCGCCGGCUCCGACGCGAGCGUGGACGAGGCGCUCAAGCUCGUCGCGGCGGGCGAGCUCAGCCGCGCGGCGUCGCGCCUGACGUCGAGCGGCCUGGCGGACGCGUGCGACCCGCGCAUCCUGGGCCAGCUCCGGGACAAGCACCUGCCGAGGCACGGCGCGCUCCCCGAGGUCGCGCACCUCGACGACGCCGUGGACUUGAACCAGAAGCUGGGCAUGCUCCCGCGGCGGUCCGGCACGGGUCCAGAUCUCGGUGGGCGUCCCGAGCGGCGCCAACGCCUUGGUCUUCGGCGUGCGGGCCGGACUUCGCCUACGUCAAUAUCGAACGCCGACAGCCAGGUGCGCCACGCGUCGAUCAUGGACGCGUUCAACAGCGACCCGGAGCUGGCCGCCUACGCCCGCUUCCGGUACGCGUACUACUCGCGCGACGCGCCCAUCGUCAUCGACGAGCGCGUCGCGGACUUCGCUUCCUGCGAGGGCGCCCAACAGGGCGACCCGGCGUCCUGCGCGAACUACGCGUUCGCGACGCACGCCUGCGCCGUCGCCCUCGACGCGGAGCUCUGGCGGCCGGCGGCUUCGCCCGGUUCCAGGUAUGGCACGUCGAUUACCGGUAAAGCCCCGAGCCGCCUCGGUAAUACCACGGCGCUCUGGCUACUCGUGCUCUCGUGUCUGAGCACGCGCGCCGACUACUGGGCGCAGACCAUGUACAUGUCGGCGUCCCGGAGCUUCCUCGCGGACUUCGACACGGCCAUCACGAGCGCGGCGAGCGACGCCUCCGGCGAGGCCGGGCCUUUGAUCUUGGCCGACAAUCUUGCGCGGAAGCGACUCCGCAUGCCGAUCCGCGGCGGUGGCGGCGGGCUGCGCCUCCGCGUCGGCGUCGCCGACGCCGCGUUCUUCGGCGCGGGCUGCGUCGUGCUGCCGACCAUGGUCAACCGCCUCGUCGGCAGGUCGACGGUGGCCGGCUUUAUGAACCAGCUCGAACCGGAGCUGGGUCAAGGGUCCUUCGACGAGGGGGCCUCGGGCCAGUUCGCGGGCCUCGAGGCCGCCGCGGGCUCCGGGUGCUCCACCGCCGUCGAGAUGCUCGCGGCCUGGGGCUCCAUGAUCGCCGCCGUGGUCGAGGAGGAGGACUACGAGGGCCUCCUCGCGAAGCCCUUCGCCGACGCGGGCGUCGACGACGAGGGCACGCGCGUCCCCAAGAUGCAGCACCGCCUGACGGCGGAGCUCGACAAGGUGGAGUCGAGGCCUACAAGCCCGAGCUCGCGGACCUCGCGAUCGACGAUUUCACCUACUGCGCCGCCGAGGCGGCGUGGGACCUGGCCGCGAGGGCCUGGCUGA